GAGUCUUGAGAAAGUCAGUCCUUUCGUGUUGCUGGCGGGAGUCAACUCAACAGUCACAUCGAACCUCGAUCUUCGACACACAACCCUCCAAGCAAGGCAGUGCAUUGUUGUCUCUCACUGUUAUCAUUGUGGUUCAACGGCUUGCUUCACUUCCCACCCUGCACAGUUCUGUUGCUAUCUUCUUUCUCAUAACAUAGUGGCUUGUCUUGCACUUCCACCCUCAUCAUCAUAAGAUAUAUCAUUUUAAGAGUAUUAGAGUCCAUAUUCCACCAUGCCGAUUCCACUGAAACCCCCGAGCCGCACGGAUCCCCUCAACUUUCCCGUCUUUGGCAUGUCCUGGUACGGCAACGCCGGAAACGGUUUGUCGUUGCUGGCGUACUGUGGAGGAGGAGGAUCCGCCCGAACGGGUGUCAACAAUGCCAUUCUCGUGAAAGAACCAGACGGCAACACCAAACGAAUUGAUACCGGAGACAAUGUGGGUGUGGCGCUCAAGAUUGUGCAGAAUCCAGUGUCGGGCAAUAUCUUUUUAAUGGUGGCGCUGGGAAAGACGGUGGAGCGCUACAAUCUUCCUUCCUGUGAAAAAUCGGGAGAAAUUGAAGUGGGUGGUGACGGAGUCAAUGCUAUCAAUGUCAAUAUCAUGACCAAUCGAUUGGCUUGUGGAUGUGAAAAUGGAGAAAUCAAGGUGUACGAAAUUUCCGAUGAACGAUUUGACGCCGAGUCGCUCCUGUUUGUCUGUCAGGGACACACCAACACAAUCUGCAGCGUGGACUUUUCUUGUCGAGGAGACAGGAUUGUAUCGUCUGCCAAGGAUGGUACAGCCAGAGUGUGGCAGGGAGAAGAUCAAAUUGCACUCUUAAAGUGCGAAGUACACGGAGGUUCCGACGAAAAGAAAAAGAAAAAACCCGUACCAAAGGGUCGAAAGCCUCCUCAAAUUCUGGUUCGUGGGUGUGCCUUUGGUGAACUGGAGGGUCGAGUAGUCUUUACAGUGGCAUCGACGCGCCGUGGAAGUGCCUUUUUGGGUCGAUGGGUCGAAACUCCCGAAGGAUGGGAAUGUGAAAGAGUAGAGGUUAGUGAUGUGCCAAUCUCGGCCAUGUCGAUUUCGAGUGAUGGAUUCUUGUUGGCUCUUGGCUCUGUCAGUGGAUCCAUUAUACUUUGGGGUGUCGAGAAUUGGCGCCCUAUCAAGACAUUCAAGGAAGUGCAUGAUCUACCUGUCACUUGCAUCGCUGCUAGACCCUAUGAUGUGCCUCUCAUGAGCGAUGAAGACGGAUUGAGGUUCCACGCUAUUAGUGCAUCGGCAGACAGCCGAUUGGGACAUCUCUCGCUGCAGCCACCGCCUCCCAAGCCUGCUAGACCCGGUUCUUUCGGAGAUUGGCUGAAAUUCUUCUGGAAUCUGGGUAUCAAACUCUUCGUCCUGUACUUGGCAAUCGGCAACCCUCUCUGGCAGGACACCCAGGAACGAUGUUCGCACACAUGGGCGAGAGGCAUUCAAUUGGGCAAGCUGGAACAGGUAUAUGAGUGUGUUCUUCAUGAAGUAUUGAUUGCCCCAGAAUCACUUCCAGGUGUCAUGGUUGCGCCCUAUUAACAUGCGAACCGGAAUGGAAUUGAAUCGAACUUGCACCUUCCAUCUAUCUACCACAUUGACAUGUUCCCCCGUGCAUGGUUGUGUUUCCCAACGAGAAAACGAGGUCUUCCACUCUGUCCAUUGCAACGAUGUCGCCGCUUGCCUGGAUCUGUAACCGUCGAUCUUUCUCCUUCCUCCUUUUCCAGCUCGCUGAAUAGAUAAGAAUCUAGAUUAUAGAGUGGUUCAUGCAGAGUGUCGCCUUGAUGUUUUGACAAAACAAACUAUAUACUUGGUCUAUUACUGUAUUAUUAUCAUG